UUUGCCUUCAUUGACAGAAUUGCACGUUUGUAUGCAGUAUGCCAACGUAAUAUAAUCCUAGACAAUUUUUUUUUUUUUGCCUGUACAGAGAUAUUCUUUAAGGCCCGUGAAGAUGAACACGGUUUUUGCAGUCACUCUGGUGUUUGUUGGGUGCUGUAGCAAUGUGGUGUUCUUGGAACUUUUGGUAAGGGAUUUCCCAGGAUGUGGAAAUAUUGUCACUUUUGCCCAGUUUGCUUUUAUUGCAUUUGAGGGGUUCAUUUUUGAAGUGAAUUUCGGACGCAAGAAACCAGCCAUACCUCUCAGUAACUAUGUAAUAAUGGUGACCAUGUUUUUUACUGUAAGUGUUAUCAACAACUGUGCCCUCAAUUUCAACAUCGCAAUGCCACUGCACAUGAUCUUUAGAUCUGGCUCUUUAAUAGCAAACAUGAUACUGGGUAUCAUCAUAUUGAAAAAAAGAUAUUCAGUGAGUAAAUAUCUCUCCAUAGUUCUCGUAUCAGUAGGCAUCUUUAUCUGCACUGUCAUGUCUGCCAAACAAGUGAGUGCUGAAAGAGGUGGUACAGAAGAAGAAGGAAUGUAUGCCUUUCUACAUUGGCUUUUAGGUAUUACCAUGCUGACCUUUGCCCUGCUAAUGUCUGCAAGAAUGGGGAUUUUCCAAGAGACUUUGUACAAGAAAUAUGGCAAACACUCAAAGGAAGCUCUCUUCUAUAAUCAUUGUCUGCCUUUGCCAGGAUUUGUGCUACUUUCAACCAGCAUCUAUAAUCAUGCGGUACUCUUCAGUCAAAGCAGUCCUGUGGAAAUCCCCAUAAUUGGUCAGUCUGUCCCAGUGAUGUGGCUGUAUUUACUGAUGAAUGUCAUUACUCAAUAUGUGUGCAUUCGAGGGGUGUUCAUUUUGACCACAGAGUGUACAUCCCUCACCGUAACGCUAGUCGUUACGCUGCGUAAAUUCCUGAGUCUCAUCAUCUCUAUUCUGUACUUCCGGAACCCCUUCACUGCCUGGCACUGGGUGGGCACAGCUGUGGUGUUCCUUGGCACGUUACUCUACACAGAGGUCUGGUCAGGCAUCCACACUCCAGUGAAAGGAGAGAAACCAGACAAGAAGACAGAGUAAAAAGCCUCAUCUAAGGUGUGUGUACGUGUUUGUGUGCGUUUAUGUUUGCAGUGACAUUUCACUGCUAAUAAAGUAUGUCUGUGGUUUAGGUAAUGGGUCAAGUCUUUAGAAAUUAUCUAUUUGUGAAGGUGUGAAUGUUCAAUGUUUGAUUAAAAGCUCACUCCACAGACUUUUGCAAACUGCUAAUAUUUGGGCCAAGAGUGUGUAAGUGAUAUUCGCACAAGUAAAUAUGGGUGCUAUUGCCAAUAGUAUGUGAGGGUACUUGAAGGUUAAAUUUCCAGAUUCAGUUUUAUUAUAGGGAACUUUUUCAGAGUUUAUGGCAAUCAACCUUAAUUAGUCUGGGCUGCUCUUUGAAUUUUGUCCCUUGCUAAUUGGUUAUUUGUCUAAAUGUCAGUGGUUAUUUAAACAUUUAAAUAGGAGAUGAUAAACUGGUAACACAUUUAAGAUUAACGACUCAGGCCAAUGUUAUAAACAUACACAUGACUACAUAUUCAUCUAGCUUCUUUGAUCCCUAUCUAGAAUACAACUUAUACUGUAUAGAAGUAAAGUUAUGCACCCUUUAGCUGUGAACCUGCAUUUUGAAUGGACAUAUUCAAGAUUUAAUUUUUGCAGCCGAAAAGCUCAUUUCAAAACACUUAACCUCCAUGUUUUGUUUUGUUUUUUAUACUGAUUGACAUGUAGUAUAUAUUUUUGUACAUAGUUGUAUUAGGAUGUCCAUUACCUAGUAAGCCUUGGUGUCUCACCUGAUGCACUUCCCCACAACCUUUGGGUUGUUGCUCAAUGUUAUGCCAUUAUCUAUUGCCAUAAUAAAGCGAUGUUUCUUAAUCUUUA